UUUCUUUUGACACUUAUUUCACAUUUGUGUUAUCGCUGCUUUUUAUGAUUGAGUACAGUAAUUGACCUGUUUAUUUACAUUACAGAACUAUCUAGACUUUUAGAAAUUGGUAGUCACUAGUCAAUAUUCAUUAUUAAGCAUACUAUAAAGAAAUAAACAUGUCUCUGUGGCCAGCGGCAAGACCACUAUUUGGUGAUGAAGUUGUUUUAAGAUCUAUCGAUUGGCUGGAAAAUUUCCCUUGGAGAAACGAAAGUUCUAUUCGGGCUGAAAAUAGUAAAUAUGAAAUUCGAAUGAACCUAAAGGACUUUAAACCCGAAGAGAUAAGCAUAAAAACAUCGGACGGAUUUAUAGUUGUCGAAGGUAAACAAGAGGAAAAAAAAGAUGAGCAUGGCUAUGUUUCUAGACAUUUCGUUCGGAGGUACGCUGUACCCGAUGGUGCUAAAGCUGAAAAUAUUGAAUCCAGACUUACCGCAGACGGCGUUUUGGUUAUAGCCAUUCCACGUAAAGAAAAAAUUAAACGUGACACUAUCAUACCAGUUACUCACGAAGGUGUUAAAUCUAAGCUGUAAGGUAAUAAAUAAAAAAAAAUGUAUUGGCGAAGGGCUGUGUUGAAGAAGAUACAUUGUUUUUUUAUGUCCCGUUAUUGUAUAAUGGUUAUUGUGUUAAUAUUUAUGGGUCUUUUAUAAAGGGUCAUGAGCAAUUUAUGUUAAUGUACUUUUAUUUUUUCAAUAAAUAACAUUCCUU